UGAUUUGUGUGGGACUUGCCUGUUGUGUAUGGCCGGCUAGCUCUGCUCGCUCAGUAGUAGUCAGUUCGGAGUUCGGAGUUGCACGUAGAUUUUUUGUUGUUGCUUUUUGCUUCCUCGUAACAGCCAAAAAGUGCACCACCGAGGGACGAAAAUGACGCGGAAGUUGUUAAAAUUUCAAAUUAUCCUGGACCGGGACUCGUUGCUGUACCUGCCGGGUCAAGUGCUGGCUGGAAGGGUGCUUCUGGAAACGCUGGAAAGCACAGCUGUGCUCGGUCUUCACUUCCACGUGCUCGGCGAGUGCACCGUCAACGUGGCCAAGGGCGUCCGGCGGGACAAGUCGUACGACAAGGAGAACUACAUCGACUUCCGGAUGAAGCUGCUGGACGACUUCGACAACAAGCCGAUCCUGCUGUCCGCCGGAGUGCACUGUUUCCCGUUCAAGCUGGGCCUGCCGGUGUCGCUGCCGUCGACCUUCCUGGGGCAGCACGGGUGGAUCCAGUACUACUGCAAGACAAGCCUGCAGGAAUCGUCCGGCAUCACGCACAAAAACCAGCAGGUCUUCAUCGUGCUGAACCCGAUCGACCUCAACCUGGAGGAUCCGCUGCUGAGCGAUCCCUUGGAGGCCAGCGUAAGUCACCGCGUUGGAGUUGGACCGCUCGGAGGGACGAUCCGGUGUAACGUCGGGCUGGACAAGCGAGCCUACGUCCCGGGGGAGAACAUUCUGCUCACCGGAGAGAUCCACAACCAGACCAAGCUGGCCAUCAAGCUGCUCAAGUACGCGCUCGUUGAGACCGUGCAGUUCUUCGCCCACGGGAAGCUGUUGCACCAGGAGCGUCGCGAGUUGGCCGCCCUCGUGCGUGAGCGCAUCAAAUCCGGCAGCCGGGACGUGCUCCAGAACGGACACCUAACCGUGCCGCCGCUUCCACCCACGAACCUGCUCGGGUGUCACCUGAUCCGGAUACGGUACAGCGUUUGUAUCCUCAUCGAGCCGAACCUGAUGGAGCGACAGGUGGCCCUGCGGGUGCCCAUCACGCUGGGAACGUACCCGUACAGGCGUGACGACCAGGACCAGGACCAGGGUGAGAACCUGCAGCAGUGGGUGGAAAACUACGUGCGCUAUCCGUCCACCCUGCCCGUGUCCCGAACCGGCCCAAACCCCCCGCAGCUCGAGUGAUCCGGAUCCUUCCGGAGCGGCGACGACGACGACGACUCUUAAACUCAAUUCCCCAGGAUUAAUCACUAUGCAAUGACUUUAGUAGUUUCGUUCGUACGUACGUUCGUUCGUUUGGCCAGGCCUUGGACAAACGUGCCUCUGAGGCAGCGAGUUGUUGAAGUAUCAAUUACACUGGCCAACUAACACGUGGCGAAAGUUUUGGAACAAAAUGAAUCAUUAACUUAAUCGCUUAAAAUCACGCAAAUAUUUUUGCUCAGUGUUUUUUUAUUACGCUGAAGUGUGCACAUAAAACGACUUGCCAACUUCGAUGGGAAGUCAAACCCCAUCCAAUCUGUUGGCCAGUGUAACCUUUUAACUGCACACUUCUGAAACAGUUAAACCCCGCUGUUUGGACACCACUUUAUUAAAUCUUACAUGUGAUUCACUGUCACCCCCGCUACCAGGACAGAAGCGAAAGUUCACACAACCAGUGUCAAACCAACGGGGUUUUACUGCGUACCCACCUAGCUCUAUUUCUCUCGGCACAGGAUGCAGGAUGCCAUCUCAUGCAGGGCUGACUGACACCAGGCGCCUGCACCUGUGCAAGUGCUCCAACACUAACACACACACACACACACACACACACACACACACACACACACACACACACACCGGUGCAAAAUGUAACACGAUACACUCUAACGAACCACCCAAUGCAGAUGAUGGUAAUACAAUUUAAUAAAGCCUGAUGGAAUUA